ACGGUUUUGUUUCACACUUUCUUCUUCCUCCCUCCCCUUCCUUCUAGUCUUUAGCGUCUGACCCCUUUUUUUUUUCUGUUUCUGUUCUUCCCUUCACACUCUCUCUGUCCCUUACUCUAACUGUGUUCAGAGCAUAAAACGCGAAACAGUUUCACCAUUUGAAUCGAUCCUCUUUUCUUGACUUGGGUUUGUUUUGUAUUUCUAGAUAUUUUCGUAAAGAUCCUGUCAGUCUAUGAGUCCAUGAGUGGAGUUCAGUGCUCCUCCUGUGCUUGCUUUCCUCUCUGAGAGAAGAGGUAAAUAAAGUCGUCUUCGUUUUCGUGUUCUACUCCUUCUCUGCCUUUGUUGUUGUUGUUGUUGUUGCUGUUUCCGACUUCUACUUGUUUUGGAGGGUAAGAGGGGUGGGGGGACUUUGGGGGUUGGUUAGUUAGGGGGAGAUGGAGAAGAAGCAAGGAUUCUUCUCUGCACUUAAGGACGAAGUAGUAAGAGGGUUGUCGCCUGCGAGGUCCAGGCCGAGGAACCCAUCCAGGAGUAGCUCUCCGAUGUCGGGGCUGCUCCGGCGGAGGAAGCAGUCCGUAUCGCGACCUCCGGAGCUACUGAUCGCGAGAUCCGGGAGUCUGAGGCCGCCGGGGGAGACGCUGACGCCGUUGAUGGAGGGUCCUGAUCCUGACGGCUGCAAUGGCGGAGGGGAUUCCAAGAGGGGUGAAGGGUGGGGACAUUGGAUGAUUGGCCAACUCUCUCGGAACCCCUCAGUUUCUUCUUCUGCUUACCAGCGCUCGGAUCUUAGGCUCCUGCUCGGUGUCAUGGGCGCUCCACUCGCCCCAGUACACGUUAGCUCCAUGGACCCCUUGCCUCACCUUAGCAUCAAAGACACUCCCAUUGAAAAUUCGUCUGCUCAGUACAUAUUGCAGCAGUACAUGGCUGCAUCUGGAGGGCAAAACCUUCAAAGCUCUAUCCGCAAUGCCUAUGCCAUGGGGAAGUUGAAGAUGGUAGCCUCUGAGUUCGAGACGGCCACCAAAGUUGUGAAGAAUCGGAAUGUAUCCCGAGCUUCUGAGUCAGGUGGGUUUGUCCUAUGGCAGAUGAAUCCUGACAUGUGGUAUGUGGAGCUCGCUGUUGGUGGUAGCAAGGUUCAUGCUGGCUGCAAUGGUAAAGUCGUCUGGAGGCACACCCCUUGGCUCGGUGCUCAUGCUGCAAAAGGCCCUGUUAGACCUCUACGUCGUGCACUACAGGGUCUUGAUCCUAGAACUACGGCUAGCAUGUUUGCGGAUGCUCGGUGCAUCGGAGAGAAGAGGAUUAAUGGAGAGGAUUGCUUCAUCCUCAAGCUAUGUGCAGAUCCGCUGACAUUGAAAGCUAGGAGUGAAGGCCCAGCAGAGAUCAUUAGGCAUGUCUUGUUUGGCUACUUCAGCCAAAGAACGGGUCUCCUUUUAUACAUGGAAGACUCCCAUCUCACCCGCAUACAGUCUAAUGGAGGCGACACUGUGUACUGGGAGACUACCUUCAAUACCUUCCUUGAUGAUUAUAGACCGAUUGAAGGGAUCAUGAUUGCCCACUCAGGCCGUUCGGUGGUUACUUUGUUUAGGUUUGGGGAAAUGGCAAUGAGCCAUACCAAGACAAGAAUGGAAGAGGCAUGGACUAUCGAGGAAGUAGCGUUUAAUGUCCCCGGCCUGUCAAUAGACUGUUUCAUUCCACCUGCGGAUAUAAGAGGUGGAUCUGUCAGUGAGACAUGUGAGCUCCCUCGGAGUGAGAGGGGGAAGGCCUUAGCAGCAGCUGCUCAUCGGGCCAAAGUUGCUGCUUUGGAGAAAUCUCAUGCUAGCAACCAUGACAACAUUGGGUGGAAAAUGGAAGUCAUAUAACAAGUGUAGGAGCUGAUCUGGGCAAGUUUGUUCAUAAGAUAUUGAGUUUUAACAGACCUGACUGAUUUUAGGAAGAGGAGAAGGUAGUGGUGGUAAAGUAGUGUGGUAGGAACUAAGCUGAUCCAAAAAUUUUGGAGUUGGGGGAUGCUUAUAGCUGUAAAUAGAGCAUAAUUAUUCACACAUUCACUGGUCUUACUUGGAAAUAGGGCCUGAGUGAAUUUUUAUACUCUCUAUACAGAGGAGUUUGGUGUUCUUUGUUUUCCACCUGGGGGGAUAGAGCAGAUAGAGGUUUGUUUUUUCACUGUACCUUCCACGCUAGAAGAAGGAUCAUGGUGUUGCUUUGAUAGCUCAGAGAUGAAUCACUAACCUUCCAAAAUUCUACUAAUUUUCUUGCCUAAAUGUAAUCAAUGACAGUGGUGAUGAAGAAUUCAGCUGCUGGCUAUCAUUGGCUUGAUACUGAUGUUGUUAUUUGGGUCUUUAGAUUUGUUUCUGUGCUUGGGUUUGCAUUAGUGUUGGUGUGUUUGAUUGAUGUAGAAGUUUUUUGGGUGUGGGAAAGAAAGGGGGAGGGGGGACUGUUCUGAGUUGUGAGAUAAAAACCCAAUUUUUCUUAAUGUAAUUGAAAUGUUGAAGUGUCUGAUCAGGCUUUCUUGUUUAUGAAUUGUUCAGUACUGUUGAAAGAAGGAUGUAAACAGAGCUUUGUCUUCCAUCAGAUACUAAAUGCUUAUACCUCUGA